GCCUUCUUGGUUUCCUUGCUUUUGCCGAAGAUUUCCACUCGGGUUCCAUCAGCCCUGGUGGCGAUCAUCCUCGGCACAGCCUUUGAGUGGGCCAUCGCCCGCAGCGCUUUUGACACGCAAACGCCGAUCGUCGGAGACAUUGCCAGCCAGUGUGACUUCCCGAUCCCAUUCUGGUUCAACAGUAUCUACCAUCCGCCGGCCUUCAGCAAGGAGCUGCUGCUGAAGGUUUUGCCCCUCUCCGUGACGAUGGCGGCCGGGAGACUCAUGUGUUAUGAGUAUUUUGGAGGUCUCGUCAUGUCGUAUCUAGAGCUUCGACAGCAGUACCCAGAGCUUCUGCACGCGCUGCGGAACGUGAGGACGCUCAACCUCAUCGAUGAGAUCACGAAGACCAAGGGCAACCCCACUAGGGAGUGCCUCGGACAAGGAGCGGCUUUUGAAGUCUGUGGCUGCUUUGGUGGCAUGGGCGGCUGCGCCAUGAUCGGCCAGUCCAUGAUCAACAUCGGCUCAGGCAGGGCAGCAGACGUCGGAGGACUCUUUCUGCUGUUGAUCGUCUUGGUAGCUUACCCCGCCAUCAAGCAGAUUCCCGUCUCCGCUCUGGUGGGGGUGAUGUUCUGCGUAGUUUUUCACACCUUCGAGUGGAGCUCCCUCAAGCUUAUCUUCCUGGCUGCUCUGCCAAUGAAAAUGCGCCAGAGGCGUGGUGUGACGAGCGAUGGUAGGCGCAUGGAUGCGCUGGUGAUCGUGAUCGUCACGGUCGUGACGCUCCUCACGGAUUUGGCCACAGCGGUGGCUGAACCCUUAGAGCCCAUGGGCCAGGUUUGGCAAGGAAGAGCAGAAAGGUGGGCUUUUGAGACCCAAAAACUCUAA